AUGCAUCAACUAAUGGAAAACGAGGAGCGCGUGAGCCGCUCAUCUCUUAAGCUGUUCAAAAUCAUUGAAAUGCAACAAUCCGUUCGCACGUUCAUCAACGAAGGCAGCGAACUCGUCAAAGGCACCCACAAUGAGAAGCACGCCGGAUUCGCGCAGGCGCUCUAUUUUGCCGGACUCGAAGCCGACGACUACCUCUUGAAGCUGGAGUACCGUGCCGAGGCCGCAUUCCGCAUCACUGAUGCGGAAAUUGACGUCGGCCGCGGUAAGGUUGAGGCUGUUCAGCAGUGUCUGGCCAAUCUCCGCACUUCGAUCGCUUCGGAUCCCUCAUCGAAAAUCUCUAACGAUAAACCGAUUGCGCGAGUUAAGAGUUUGGUGUUAUGA